AUGCAGGAACCUGCUCCUCUAUUUUUAAAUUGUGAUUUUAAAAUAUGCCUUCGGGCUCAUAAGUUACUCGGGGACCUUCGAGAAACGGGCCCUUGUUUAAAAACUGAACGGCAUGAAACCCUCACAAACAAAAGACGAGAAAUUAAUGGGUCACGCUGGAGUUUUAAACAUGCACUGAACAGCGUAAUUUCAAGGGGAUGCAGGAAAUUCAACGACAGUUGUCGGUGCGUAACUUGGUAUAACUAUAGGAUAGUUAUACCAAGUGUUCUAUAUGGAAUUGCAAUUUGGGGGUCUGGAUCCAAGCUUAAAGAUCUAGAAAUGAUUCACAUCAGGGCUGCCAGGCUAAUUCAUAAGAUACCAAAUAGUUUUGGGGAUAAUGAUGUACUUUCUAAGGUUGGCUGGAUGCCUUUAGAGUAUUUUUAUAAGCUACGUAUCUUAACUAUUACAUAUAAUGCUUAUUAUAAUUUAGGGUUGCGGGAAAUUAAUUGUUUGGUGACCAAGAACUCUAACAGUUAUAACCUAAGGAAAUCCCUGAAUGUUGUACUUAAUAGGCCCAAAACCGAAUUGGGUCGUAGGUCCUUUGCUCAUAGAUCUGCAGUAGCAUGGAAUGCACUUCCCGAUAAUGUUAAAGAUUCUCCAAAUUUAUCUAUUUUUAAAUAUAACUUAAAACAAUCCAAGCAAACUGUUAUGAAUAUUAAUUUUGAAAAGGGAGGUAAUGUUAUACAAAACAUGAAACCAAAUUUUCACUAUUACUAA